UCCUUACCUCUCUCUCUCUCUCUCUCUCUCUCUCUCUCUCUCUCUCUCUCUCUCUCUUACUUUUCUCACUUCAAUCCUCACAAAAGUUUUGAUUUUGAUUGCUUUCAUGGAAACCCCAGACGAGUUUAUGCCUUCAAACCAUCAAAUCCAUUCUAUUCUUUCCCUUAAACGCCGCCGCCGUAACAAGCGUUUACGCCUCCUUUCUUCCCCUCCCGAUACCACUUCUUCCUCCUCUUGCGGCGGCACCGACGAAUUCCCCGCCCCUUCCUCUUCCAUCUCCGGCGGCGACACCAAUAAUAACAAUAAUAGUCUCCUUCUUCAUCAUCAUCAUCAUGACGAUUAUCAUGAAAUCAGUACUGAAGAGGAAGAAGAUAUGGCUAAUUGCUUGAUUCUUUUAGCUCAAGGAGAUUCCGCCCACCGCCGCCCAACCCAAAAUUUUCCACACCCUCUCAAAAUUAAUCCCAAGACAUCAUUCAAUUUUGAGAUGGCUAAAACCACCGCUGGAUUUUAUGUUUACGAGUGUAAGACUUGUAAUCGGACUUUCCCUUCCUUUCAAGCCCUCGGCGGCCACCGCGCUAGCCAUAAGAAGCCUAAGACCACGAUGGUCACCGCCCUGGAGGAUCAACCAGAAGAGCCACAAUUGAUCAAAAUUGCGGCAUCUCCCGUACAAAUUCCAACCAAAACGGUGACUGCAGGAACGAAUUAUCAAACCCACAAGGGCGGAAAAGUACACGAGUGCUCUAUAUGUGGAUUGGAAUUCACUUCAGGUCAAGCAUUGGGAGGACAUAUGAGGAGACAUAGAGCUACAACAACCGCCAUGUCAAGCGCACAACAAGUAGUCGUGGCUACGAACACGGAGGAGGAUAACAAUAAUACUAAUCAUCAUCGUCAUCGUAGUAAUUCCGAUGAGAGGAAGGAAAGAAACAUUCUAGAAUUGGAUCUGAAUUUACCGGCGCCGGAGGAAGAUCUCCGAGAGACAAAGUUUCAAUUUACGGCAACUCCACAAACAAUCGUCUUCUCAUCACCAACACUUGUUGAUUGUCAUUAUUGAAGAGAAAAAAAAAAAAAAGGAAGCAACCAACAACGAUCCGGCCGGCCAAAUAUUGGGGGGGGGGGGGGGGGGGGGGUUAAAUUGUGAAUUGUGUUUUUUCAUUUUUUUUAUCUUAAAUUUUCUUUUUAAUUACAUUUACUUAUUAUUAUUAUUAUAUAUAGUGAUUAAAUAUAUUCUUUGAAGCUAUAUAUAUAUAUAUAUAUAUAUAUAUAAAAGAAAAAAGAAAUAUUUGGUUA